GGACACUCAUAAUGAAUACCAUGGACGACCGCCCACAGGCUUUUAAUAGUCAACGGCGCGAGCAGCGCCACACUGACGAUGGAUCGACAAACACGUUUCUCCCCACCUCCACCUCCUCAGGCAACUUCUUAUUGCCCGAUGCUCAUGGCCAAUUCACGUUUUCUGCUGAACCGACUUCGAUGAUCGACUAUAGCUCCAUGACAGCACCCACUGGACAGGAAACCGUCUUCACUCCGAAUACUGCAUCCUCCUUCGACUCUUCCUUGCACCCUGAUGUUAUCAACCAGACAUACCCUCCUGCCCAUGUGUACAUGCAGACGAACCAUUAUAGUCUUUCUCCACACAGCAGAAACGGUCAGAGCAUUUCGCCUUCCCACUCCGUGGACCAUCUCAGCCCUGAGACUGGGUACAUGAGCGACCCAAGCUAUCAGGAUCUAAGCAACUAUGCGACUCCUACGUUCAACGGCCAGUUCCUCGACGAGUCUUUCCAGCAGCUGAAUUUUGCGGACCGCGUCGGAUCUCAAGCUUUCCCUCCAUACCAAGGAGAAGUCGACAUGGCUAUGUUGGCUCGUAAUACCUUGGCCACCUACAACGCUCAAGCGCCUACUAUUCCGAGCAACGCACGGUUAGAUUCUCACUCCCAACUUUUGUCGCCCUGUCCAACCAACAACCCUAGUCCUGUUGUCACAGACGAAAUGUCGAGAAAUGCAAACUUCUCUAACGUCCAGUAUACGGGUCUCGAGUACAACAGUUCUUCCACCCCACCCAGUCGAACUGCACUACCGCAACACUCGACACCGAUCAAACAACAGAAACAACAGCAGCAGCAACCAAGUCCAGCUUUGACGAACAGCCCCAGCAACUUAUCGCUUGCCAAUCCCCAACCCCGUGCAACUCAUCUGACCAGCCCCAUCGUUCGUGUAGAAAACUAUGGCGGCCGAGACUCCCCUUCCCACUCCGAUAUUAGCAGACCUAUGAGCAAGCGCAGUCAUGGUAGUCGCCGCUCGGGUAAUCACCUCUCUCCUUUCCCCAACGACGAGUCCUCGGAUGAUGGUGGUGAUGAUGACGAUAUGCAACGUCCAGUGCGAGUCCAGCCUGUUGUUCGAAGUGCUCAGCGCAAUGACGAUGGAUCAUGGAUAAUCAGCCGUGCGUCUGGUCAAGCAGGGCUCACACCAGAAGACCGUGAUGCAAUAGGCGAUGCAUGGAUUCCCAGCCUCGACGAAAGCGCCGAUCAUAGAAAAAAGGAAGAGAAAAAGCUUGACGUCCAUGAUUGGCUUUCCAAGAGCGAGGUUGGUAGUGAAGCAGGGGACGGAGGCUCGUCAACAAAUCUGCUGAAACCAUUCACCACUCGAAGAAGAGCAAAAAGCACGAACGAUGCUCAUGGCCGUCAAGCCAUGGGGCCUGGUUAUGGACUUGGCGUGCGCACUGAUUUCGAUCGAUUUGACGACUCUAACAUUCCCGGUCCCGGACUUUACAUAGACGAACGCAGUGAGAAUGAUGAUGAGAGCGAUGAAGAGGAAGAAGUACCCGAAUCACCGCCAGCCGAAGUCAGUGUUGUUGCAAACCAGGUCGAUAACGAGGCGUCGUACUUUCCACCUAUCCAGCAUGGUGGCUUGCUAGGUGCUAUUGUCCGCCCAUGGGUGGACGUGCCUUCACAACCCGCAACAUCAACGACACGUUAUCAACCUCCCACUUCGAGUGCUGCAAUGAUGCGAUUCCGUAUCCGAGCCAAAGACGUAGAGUCCGCAUCGCUCGCGGCCACCGUUGGGUCGCGGCGUCUCAGCGAGUCUGACCUGGGCAGCAUUAGAGCUGCCCCAGGCGUAAUCAAGGCCAUUGAACCUGACCUCAAAAAGCAAAAGGACAGACAGAGACGUCCGAGCUUUUUAGAGAACAUUCUCCCAACGCGUAAACCUACCAACCUGUUGAAACGCAAAGGCAGCAUCCCUGUCCAGCCACAAUCGCAAGAAAAUGUGGCCGAGAAGCCCAAAGAGCCUGUGAUGGAAAAACCAAAGCGGAUGGGAAGCUGGGGCCGGCCGAAAUCACCACGCUUGGAUACCACUGUGGCAAUACAUACCCGGGACAUCGGACCUCCCAGUUCUACAGGAUUGACACCGAACACUGGAACUUGGUACCAAGGAGCUAAAAAUGCAAUCAGACGGAGCAGGAGCCGAAGCGAUAUAGGCAAAUCUCCUGGGCUAGCUGAGCUUAUGACUCAGCAUGGAGGGCCUCCGAUGCCGAUGUUGGCUUCACCACUCGCAGAGACAGAAGCCACCAAACUAUCAGCCCAGCAAAGUCCGACUGGAGAUGACGAUGAAGACGAUGUUCAAGACGUUAUCACUAUGAAUCUGGAGGUUCGAUCCGAUCCUAUCAUCCCAACGCCGGAAGGUUUCAAGACGCAUGCCAGGCAACUCAACCCGCGGCUGACGGACUACAUGGUAGAACGAAUCACCCAAGAACAGGUUAGACGCUACAAACGCCUACUGGAGUUCAAGGUUAAGCAUCGCAUUGCAGUCGAAAAUGGGAAUUGUUCAUCCAGCAGCUCUUCUCACAAUUUUUGCACGGAGCUGGGUGGAGACUCUAAACAAUUGACACCGAAAGCGGGGAAUAAGGACAGUGAAGCACCGUUCCUUGGCUUCCAAGUUACAGCACCAGGAUCCGAUGACGACGAUGGCGAAACUCCAGCAGAGGGAACGCUCGCCGCAGCCGGGUUCCCCUCUGGCGUUCCCUUACCCCCAGUCAAGCGUCUACCUGCCGAAUUCGAGUGUCCGCUCUGUUUCAAAGUCAAGAAGUUUUACAAACCGUCUGACUGGACAAAGCAUGUUCACGAGGAUGUACAACCGUUCACUUGCACUUUUCCCAAUUGUGGAGAGCCCAAAUCCUUCAAGCGUAAAGCCGACUGGGUCAGGCAUGAGAAUGAGCGUCAUCGCCAAUUGGAACACUGGACAUGUCAGAUUGCUGAUUGCAAUCACACCUGCUACCGGAAGGACAAUUUCGUGCAGCAUCUCGUGCGAGAGCAUAAAAUCGCAGAACCGCGACAGCGGACCGGUAAGGGCGCAGCCAAAGACGCGCCCGGGAACGCGGAUUCAGAUGACAUCUGGGGACUUGUAGCUCGGUGCCGCCGUGACACGACAAAGCAACCUAAAGAUGAACCGUGCCGAUUUUGUGGAAAUAUCUGCACUAGUUGGAAGAAACUGACCGUUCAUCUCGCAAAGCACAUGGAGCAGAUAAGCAUGCCAAUUCUGCCACUUGUCGACCAGAAACAGAUCAGUGCCGACACCGUUAUUAGCCCUGUCGUUGAGAUUCCAGAAUCUCGCAAGCUUUCGGUCACGCCGAACCGAUCGCCCGUGGACAACCCAUCUCGCUAUAACCCGAACUCCACCCUGGCGCCCGGAAUUGACCCGUCGUAUGGACAAUAUCCUUCCGAUUCGCCAGGUGCAGCAUCAAGUGUGAUGCACACAUAUCCGCCCCCACAGAUUGUGCCCUACAAGAACCCACAAGAGCAAGUGCCAAGUAGCAACUAUGCGAGUUAUGCUCUGCAAAAUCCCCACAACUAUUCUGGAAGGACAUAUCCCGGGCUACAGGAGCCCUCAAAAGGCCGGGGUGCAUAUGUCAACAAUCUCCAGAUUCCGAACCAGCAAUACAUGAAUGGCAACCUGCAGAAUGGAGGCAACCGAUUCCCCAUGACACCUGUGUCGGCGAUCGGGCAGCAAGCGCCCAUGUUCAAUACUUCUCCAGUUGACACGGCCACCUUUUCGACAGACACGAUGGCGUCGCAGUACUUCACGCAAGAGCCGCAGAGCAUGGGCUCUAACGGCAUGACUGACAUGAGCGGGUUCGAUACAACGAACCCCAUACAGUAUCAGCAGCCUGCUACGUAUCCAGACAUGGCAUACAUGACUGCGCCGCAGCGAAACUAUCAGUAUCAGGCACAGUAAGCUGACGAUGCGUUACGCAUGGGUGCUGCGUUGCGUUGUGCAACAGUGAGAAAUGUAGUUGCACUCGUUUAGUUUUGGAUUUCGGUUUAUUUUUCGCUCCGUUUCGCUUCUAGAUAUCCCCAUGGUAUUUGGAGUUCUCCUCAGUAGAGGCUAUCGGUGUUGGUGGGCUUUCUUGUUCGCGGACGGCGAGGAUGGUACACGCUUGAUUUUGACGAUAGUGAUGAAGGCCAUGCGUGGACGCAUUUUAGGCGUUCUUACUUUCGCUAUGAAAUUUCGUUCUUGUUGUUCCCUAGCAUCUGCGGGUACCGAGCAACUGUAUGUUCAGAAUCGAAGUUU